CUCGCUUCACUUUCACGGGUCCGUUGUGUAAUAACUAUUGAUCGAUGAAGGAGUAUAAUUGCUUCUAGUAUCAAGCAACGUCCCAUUCGUUGUUUACCAAACAACUACAACACAAUAACUUGAUAGAUAUACAGAAGAUUGCAACUACGGAAGCGAAGCCUCUUCCUGCUUGCGUUGCUGCGUUCUUCCCACAAUGGGAGCGGCCGCCUCGUGUCCAGUAUUGCUGCCUUUCGACGAGGACGAUACUCUGAAGAACAGUGAUCCAGAGGACACGGACGACAUCGAUACCAAUGGGCUGUAUCUGUUGCAAAAGGUUGCUCUCAGCAGCGAAGAAGCUACAGUGUAUUGCGACGAAGACGAGGACAGAGAGAACGAGAAUCUCGUGGAGGAAAGCAUCGUGAACAACCUAGAAAAAGAGGACUCGAUCAGUAUUGUAUUUUUCGAGGAUGACGACGAGGACGAGGAUGACGCUGAUCAAUCGCACGGCGCGUGUUUUGUUCUCCCACUGUUCGAUGCCAUCUCGUCCCACCUGUCCACGCUUGCGGAAGUCACGACGGCGAAACCGAAACGAAAGCGAGGUAGCAAUUGGAUGCAUCCCGGCUUGAGGAGGCAAAACAGCAUCCUCGCAGAUCCCAUGGAGUGGAAGAAUGAUCAAAGGGACAACGCCGCCAGCAAAUACCCAGAAGCAAGCAUCGACUUACUUCUAUUAGAACUGCAGGAGGUAGGCCUCCGAGAAGAAGACGAAGCUGAUGAGCGUGAGGUCGAAGAAGAGGACGACGAUCCGGAAGAAGAUAUCGAUCUGCUUCGAUUCGAAUUGGAGCGGGCAGAAGCCAAUUAUAGUUGCGUAGACGAGAAGAAAGACAAGAGAAAAACAUCCCACGAAGAUGAGGACGAGAAGGAGGAAGGAGAACCCUCUGAUGAACAACUCGAUUUGCUCCGGUUGGGGCUACAAGAGGCAGAUGCCAGCUACGUCAGUCUAAAAGACAGACAAGUUGAAGACAAGAAAGGAGGAGAAAUCUCCAACCAACAAUCUGAUUUCCUUCGAUUAGAACAGGAAGAGGCAGAAGCCGAUCUGUCCGAUGGUGAAACGGUUUGGGAGGCUGAAACCUCUGAAGCAGAGCUCGAAUCGUUUGGAUUGGACCCAAAGGAAAAUACGGAGACAACUUCCAUUGCAGAGGACAUGGAUUUCUCGGAAGCAGAAUCUGACUCUCUACGUUUUGAAUUGCAGGAACAGUCGGAAACAAGUUAUCAGCGAAGAGAAGCCACCAAUCUGCUAAUGCGUGGAGAUCUUAAUUGUAACAGGAGUUCCGGAAGCAAAAAUGAACCAUGCAAAAGAUCUUCCUCGUUUAUCGAUCUGCAACAGCUUCUCUUUGCCUCACCGGAUGAAACGAACGUGGAGGACUCUAGCUCGGUSAAGACUAACUUGACCGCAAAGUCAUCGUCGUCGUCGUCUAGCAGUGUGCUGCUUUUUUCGUCAUCGAGUAUUCCGAAGCAAUGCAAAGUUGUUGUGGACGUUUUUGAAACCCAUUCGACUCAGUUGAAGCCCCGGUCUCGGAGCGACCAUGAACGCUUUUCGCUUCAAAAAGCGGGGAUCCCCUUUCGAAAAUGCCGGGAUCCUUUGUGUUCCUGCCAUACGCCAACUCCUACUACUCCGAAGAACAGUAGCAGCAAUAGAAGCGAGAAUUGGAGGCUUCCCACCGACCGAAAGGUAGCGUAUCAGGCGCAACAUAGAUCUGCUACAGAGCAGGAAGGCGAUGAUUUCUUUGCAGCAUCUUUUUAUUCCCGGAGGCGUGAGCGAAAACGUGCACUAAAAAUGUUGAAGAACAAAGCACCGGCAACGGAGGAAGACGAUAUCACCGAAACUACGGCAGAAAUCUCUGAGUCGACGCGAUCAGCAUCUUCCGCCUCCUUUGGCUGGUGCGGACAGCAGAGUAUUCAUCCUCGUGCAGCUAACACGAACCACAAGAGAACUCUUUCUCAAAGAGUCGUCAGGAAUCAAAAUGCGAACCAUAAUAAUAUUGACAGACUUGAACCUUCCAAUCGAAAACAACGCUCGCUAUCAGAAGAUUACGUGGAGAAGAAUGGGUACGGUUUACCGGGUUUGGCGUCGGCGGGAACACUUCCGACCCCUCUCCCAUUGCAGAAAUCUCCAGGCAGUCACAGAAACCAGCGGCACCAAACCCAGCCAUCUCCGUCGCCGUCGGGAAUGUCGUCAAGUAGCCACGGCACCGAUUCCGUUAACGAUCACGACGAUGAUACGAAUGUGAAUAUCCAUGAAGUGUUCCACGCUCGGAAGCGGUAUAUCUCAGAAGAUCGUAUGGCUGGGAUCAAUCCGGACGAAUCUCCGUCCUCGUCGGGUUCAGUGAAACCACUCCGAGAACGGUGCAGUUCGGCUCACACUUCGUGUUCCGCUCAUGCUUUGGCAUCCAACCAACACCCCUGUGACAGUUCUGAAAAGUUCAAGAAAAUACAGGACGUUUCACUUCACUUAGUGUCGCCUACCUCCGUGACAGAGGAAGUUGUUCUACAAGAAAAGCGCCAUUGUCUCUUUCCUCAACGAAAGAGUUUGCACGUAGAUGGUUGUUUUCAACCGCAACAAUCGUACCCGCGAGGUUCGAUCGAGACCAGUCCCUCAACUACGAAUAUAGACGGUUCUCAGGAACGAGAGAAGGCUCUUAAGCAUUGCCGAGACGCCAUCACGGCGCUCCGACGAACAAUUAAAGCGGAAUGGAGAAGAGGGAAAAGACACGCUGCAUCUAUCCGCGAGUUUCAGUUGCAACGAAGGCAACGAUUGCAGCAGACAAUGCAACUAACCAGACUGUACUACACAAUGGGACUUAUACAUUACCAGCAAUGCCGAUACGAUACUGCGAAGCACGUACUUGAGCAUGGACUCGAGACCCUCGUUGCCGAUCGCGCCAACAGCAGUAUCCCUUUUUUUCCUGUUUCGAUAGCGACAAGUGAAAUUAUCCCGGUCGCAACUGAAGCGGAUGUAUUGUUUGAUGCCGAUUACAAUUGUGGAACGUAUGGAGGUAGUAUGUUGCCUCCACUUCCCACACUGGAUGAGGUGGCACCACACUUUUCCAACCAAGCCUUGCUACUGGCAGCGGAACUAGUUCUAGCAAAGGGAAAAAUCUUUGCAGCUCAGGGUUUGUGGAACGAUGCGAAGCAAGCUUCCGGUAAAGUCCUACAAUGGUCUGCCUUUCAGCGACAGCGGAUGCACCACUCAAUACCGCAAACGCAAAGCUUCCGAUUCCAGCCUUCUCCCAACCACCAAGUCGUGCUGGAGUAUUGGAGAGAAUGGGGCCCAACGACGGCCCGAGCUCAGGCGUUGUAUGCCGAGUGCUUCCAGAGGGAGAAUCGGCCCGACCUUGCCGAGACGUACUACCAGGAAGCACUCGCGGUGCAGCGACACGUUCUAGGUCCGAGCCACCUGCAGGUGGCGGAAACCGUGUAUCGGAUCGGCAACUUGCAUAGCGCCAGGGGCCGGCUCGACCUUGCGGAACCCGCAUACCGCGAGGCACUAGCCGUGUACCGAUUCCACCGCGAGGGCCCCUGGACUACUACGGAUCCACACCAAUCCCAUACGACCGCAAGCCUCCUUGCUGACGAGGCCACGGUGCUGGCGAGCCUCGGAUGGAUAUUUUUGCUAAGGCGGGACCGAGACAAAGCCUACUGGGCCACGCAGCAGGCCUUGGAGGCCACAGUCCAUGCCCUUGGCCCGUCGCAUCGAAACGUUGAAGCGCUUCGGUACCAGAUGGACUGCGUUCAGAAACUCUGGACAAAUGGUCCGCAGUGUUGACGGAGUGGAGGAGUGAACCAUAGAUGUAAAUCGAUGGUAUUUAAUAGUAUCAUAAACUGUGAUCGCAGAGUAUGCACCAUCGCAAUCCGUUUGAAGAAUCAAAUAGUGAAAUAUCGUUCAUUAUACCAUAAACUUUUAAUUGAAUU